GAAGGGGUGGGGGGCGAGAGGGCACCGAUGUGCGGGGCCGGAACACCCAGACCCCAACUCUCCAGAGGAACGGGCGACCGGGCUGCUGUUCCCGGUCACCAACGCACACGAAACGUUCAAUCAAUCCACGGAAGGCUGGCUCCCCGUACCUUCCUCCCCUGCCCCGGCUCCCCAGGCCCCACCUCCCCGGCUGCCGAGACCAGGCAGGGCUCCACGUACUUUCGCCGAGAUGAAGUUUGGGGCUCCCCGGGCGGCCACGAGCCGCCCGCCGGCGUGAGGGCUCCGUUGUUGUUUUCCUGGGGCCGCUCCAGCCCGCGCCCCGGCGCCCGUGCCCCUCUCGGGCGGCGCUGCCUGUGUGCCGAGAGGUGCUGCUUGCAAACGCAGCCUGGCACCGGCUGGCCUACUACUCCCCGGCCCGGCCCCCAGCCUCCCGCUCGCAGGGCACUGCCUCCCGGCCCCCCGCCCCCGGCCCCCGCCGGCGCGGCCGCCGCGACCCUCGCCCCCGACCUCUUCCGACCCAAAGUUUUGGCGGAGGGGGAAAGUGUCCGGGCGGCGGGCCGGCGGCGGCGGCGGCUCCGGACGCGCGGGGUUCCCUCCGUCUUCCUCAAGUCCACCCUACCGGCUGCCGCCGCCGCUGCUCCUGCCGCGGAGUCCUUGGGGCUGCAGCCCGGCGGCUCGCAAGUGGCAUAUCCCGUAAGUGCAUUGAGCUCAUUGAGUGACUGCUGAGGUGUGAUUUGAAGCAUUCAGGGAAGGCUACUCUUAUGUCCUGAAAUAGUUCUCUGGCUGACCUACAGCGAUGCCUGGCAUAGUGGGCACUUAAUACACGCUUGUGAGUAAAUGGUUGCAUGAAUAUUGAAUGUCUAAGUCUCUUAUUAAAAUGCAAAUAUUCCAAGAGGGAUGACAAAUAAAGU